GAACAUUGGAUUCAAUGUUGAAUUGAGCGCUCAUUUCAAUGCUAUCACUGUUUUUGUUGUGAAAAAGUUUCACUAUUUCUAUGAAACACAUGAUAACCGAUAAUGUCUUCAGAUUACAAGCUAUUGCGCGAAGACUUCAUCCGCGGUCACAACGGAUCCACUGCCUCGGAAGUGGUGGCCAUCACUUGUGUGAACCAAUUGGCAAAUCUACUGCUCAUCGCUGUCUUAUCUCUAUUCCCGGUCUUAACUGAACCCAAUCACCUAUGGAUCCGCUAUUCAAUCGAAUUCUUCAUUAUAAUGACUCCUUUCAUCACUUGUAUCACCAUUUUAUCCGAUUAUAUAUUCUUCGUGUAUUUGGCAAUCAUUUCGCUGACAGUCAUCGCAAUUGUGUUGUGUUUUAUGCGAAGACAAACCAAACAAAUAGUUGUGAAAGACUUACUUGAAUUGUGUCCAAACUAUGAGCAAAGACUGCCAUUUCUAACCAAUCUCUUCUCAACACUUAUGCAAUGCGUUUGUAUAGCCAUUCUUGCGGUCGACUUCCGUGUCUUCAGCCGACGUUUCGCCAAAACAGAGAUCUAUGGCUUCAGUCUCAUGGAUGUCGGCGUCGGCUCUUUCAUCGCUAUUAACGGCGGCUUUUCUCCCGAAUCCCGAUUAGGAAGUGAUUCGCGAAAUAAACGAAUGUUUCUCUUUAAGAAGACUGUCUUCUCAACGGUUCCACUCAUUGUAUUGGGUUUUCAACGACUUAUUGCUGUUAAGAGUCUUGAAUAUCACGAACACGUGACUGAAUAUGGAGUUCACUGGAACUUCUUCUUCACUCUCGGUCUCUCUAAAAUUUGUCUCAAUUGUGGUUUAAGUGAAUUCAUACAAAACGACAACAGAAAUGGUUUGUUUGCCGCAAAUAAAGAGGGAAUCCUUUCGCUGUUUGGAUACAUAUCAUUGUAUUUGAUUUUUGUGGAAAUCGGAAAAUACAUCGUAAACCUCAAUGACACAUAUAUUGAAAGCACUUCGCGACGAGAAAUGAACCUCUCAUUUGUCUUUUGGAUGGUUUCAUUGAACUCCUUAUUUAUUGGUAUGGAGUUUGCUAUUCAAACACUUGUCCAUUGUUUGCAACACUUGAAUGUCUUGGGUUCGGGUGAUACACAUCGAAGUAUUAUAUUCUCGGCCAUAGGUUACAGCGGAAUGUUAUUAUUCUUGGUCUCCAACCUAUUGACGGGUUUAAUCAACUUUACAAUCAAUACGAUCUCUGUUUCCAAUUCAAUAGCAUUUGCUAUUAUAGUCAUCUAUAGUCUAAUACUGUCUAUUAUUUCUGUGAUUUUAUUUCAUUAUAAAAUUCAGAUCAAAAUUCCAGUCAAACAAAAGUCAGAU